CAAGUGCAAGUGCUGGAAUUACAGAUGUGUGCCACCACACCUGGCAAAUAUAUUUUUAUUGGAGAAGUUAUGAAAAUGUAUUGCUAAAACAAAUUACCUUUUUUUUUUUUUUUUUUUCGGUACGGGGGUUCAAACUCCGGACCUUUCACUUGUGAGGCAGGCAUUGGAACCACUGAGCUAAAUCCCAGUCCCCGAACUCAUUUUAGAAACACUUAAAUAUUUCAAUUAAGAAUUUGGUAUUUUCUCAAAAAAUUUUUUUUCAAAAGAAUUGUAUGGUAGAAAAGAACACAAGACUUUCGAGUUAGACUUGAAUUUAAAUUCUGACUUCAUUGUUUGUUAGUUUACAUAAUCAGUUCACUUUGGAGCUUCAGUUUCUCAUCUGUAAAGUGGGGGUUAUAGUAAUCCUACUCCCAGGGUUGCUGUGGGGACUAAAUGAUAACUAACAUGCAAAAGCGUCCAACAGAAAGAAGGCUUAACAUUUAAUUAAGACUCAGUAAGUGUUUUUAAAUCGGAGUGGCCAAAAUAACAAUCAUUAUUGUACAGCACAAAAAUGGAAAUGUUCUGAUUCCACCCCCACCCCGCUCCGCAGAGUUCCUGAAGGAAAACGUGGACUACAGGGUUGGGGUAAAGAGUAUAAAUCUGCCACACUGCAGAAAUACAUAACCACACAGAACAACUUAGUGUGGAGUUGGUUUUAGUUGUUGAGGUGACAUUUAUUCCUGGGAGACAGUAAACAAUGGGUUUCGUUGCUCCAUCACAGCUACUGAACUAAAAACGUGUCUUUGUGCACAGCCUGCGUGCCAGGACCACUGACGCUUCGGUGGGUGGAGCAAAAGCUUGCUUUCCUGAUGGGGCCUUCUGCGGGCAGUGUACAAGAGUUGCUAUAGCAACCCCACUGCUGUGCUCUGCCCAACAGAAAGACAGUUCUAGUGUUUGAAGCAGAAAUACUGUGAAUAUUCUAAUACUGGAAUGAGAGCUGAAAGCUUGAAUUAACUGAUUUGGAGAUACAGAAAGACAGCCAUGGAUGAAGUUUAUAAGAUCACUUCUACGGAAAGGACUCAGCUGUUGGAGAAAGAACUGGCCAUGCAGCUGAGUGAGCUGAAGUCUGAGAUGGAGGAACGGGGGGUCCUUCGGGGAGCAGCUCAUCGAGUGUACAGUUCUAUUCAAAUACCAAAGGACAUUUCUUACUUUAGAAGAGAGCGGGAACUGGCCUUGAAGACAGCCUUACAGGUGGCAGAGGCCAAGCCCCUUGUUAUUCAGGCCGAUGUCCUGCAGAGGGAGCUAGAGAGCUGCCUACGAAGAGAGUACACCCCUGAAAAUUUACCUUUGCUUCUGUUGCAGUAUUACACAGAGAGAAUUACCCAGCUUGUCCAGAGCAAAUAUUUACACAUGCUUAGGUGGAAGAGGUUUUGCCAGAACAGUACGACCAUGGAGCAACUUUAUCCUCUUUAUAAGAAGCAAGUUGCCUACAUCAUCCAAGAGUACAGUGAUGCUGUUCAGAGAGCUGAAAGAUUGUCUGUUGCUCGAGAAAACUUCCUCAUGGGAAAAAACAAUCCUCCGAACCUAGUGACGCAAGAAGAUCUGACUAUUUACACAAAGUGGUUAGUGUGUCACUUGACCUCCCUCGGGACCAUGCACCACUACCUGCAGGCCCUCCAGUACUCGCCAAUCUCCAGCGUGCUGAAUCUACCCAACAACCAGCUCCCCAAGGCCAGUCAGGAAAAGGAAAAGGACGGUGUCGGUGACAUCAACCCUGAUAUCCAGGAUCCUGCAUGCACUGGCUCUGUGGACACCAGCAUUUCAGGGCCAGUGUGCACAAAUGCUGCUUUCACCCUGCCCCAACAUAUGACAGAAGCAGGAGAACUGAAACCUCAGCUGAAGCGCUUACUUUCCCACUUCCAAAUCCGAUACAAUGUGCAGGACCUAAGGGACUCUGUGAAGGAAAUGGAACUGUUUUCACUGGUUUCCCAAAGUUUCCAGAGCAUCUUCACGGAGCAACAGCAAAUGCAAACAUUUCUGGACUAUGAAGCUGGGAUUACUAAAGCAGAGAAUUUGGGUUUGUCUGGACCUGCUAGGACCCUGAAGAAGCGAGCCAACUGGAUUGCCUUUAUAAAGAUCAAACCAAAAUGUGAUCCCUGGCAAAAGAAGAUGAUGAUCAAACUUAAAGAACGAAAAAGAGUAGAUAUAUUAUUGCAACUCCAAGCAAAGUUUUUGAAGAUUUCUGACCCUAAGCGAGUAAUGCAAGUGCUCCAAGACCACGCUGCUAAGACAAUCACACUGAAUCCACAUCAUCCAUCUUUCAUGACUCCCCAAGGUUUACAUCAGUGCAAUUAUGACAAAAUCUGGGAGAACAUUUAUAGCAAUGUCAACCUCUACCAGGACAAUGACCUUUCAAUGGAACGAAAUGAAAAUGAUGUAGCCCAAAGUCUCAGCCAAGUCUCCGUGACUGACGGUCCUGUCAAAGAGAGAAAAGACACAGGAUACAACUAUGAGAUGGCGCUACAAUUCCUGGGCCUGGAUGAUGGGACUGGGCCCAGGGACCAGAACCCUGCCUUGAUGAGAGGGGCCUUCUUGUCCUUCCUGUGUCUGCGCCACCUGCGAAUCCGGGAGCUACAGCGCACCUGCUUAGGAAUUCUGAACUAUUUCAGAUCUGUUGAGCGAACUUUGACGAUCAGUACCUCAGGCCUUACCUUGGUUUCUGGGAAACUGGUCCCCAUUGCGGAAGACAGUUCUUGGCUUAAUAUCGCAAAAGGAGGCCUGGGCACCUUGCAAAGCCCAGGAGCUCAGCACUUUGUCCACGGGACACCUGCUGAGCACAAGGUGCAUAGCAUCCAAUUCCUGGAGUUCUCCGAAGUGGAGAACCAGGAAGAUGACUACAGUGUAAGUGCUGGCUGUAUCCACACCCGGGACCAGCGAGGGGCGUAUAUCGUAUAUGACGAAGCCUUGACGGAUCUGAAGGAGCUCGGAGCAGAGCUACUGCUUGUGGCCAGCCAUUAUAUUGAGAAAGAAAAAGGUCACAGAGAGGGCAGCCAGUGGAAGGGUAACCAGGCCUGGGGAUGGACCCACGCAGAAGUGGACAGAUUUGCUAUACUGUACGACCUGUGGACUUGGGAAGCAGCUCUUCUAGAAAACAAACACCAGCUUCUAGACUGUUACUUUGAAGCCUACCAACACACACUGGACCCUGAGGAGAGGUUUGCCUUAGCACAAGUGAUGAUUGACAUCAUGCACCAGCGCCCCAAGUUCGAUCUAAGCCACCCUUAUUUCAUUAAGGCCUACCAAGAUGAAUGCACCUGCCUGAGGCUUCACCUGCAGCUAGUGAGGAGCAUCCUCAACCAUCAUAUAGAGAGCCAGACAGAAUAUGUGCAGAGGCUUUGGUCGGAAGAUCGUCCAGAUGAUCAGAAUACAUUCGGAAUACCCCUUAACAUCAUUUGUAAGCAACCUGUUUCUAUCAGUGAUAUCAGCCCGACUUGGAGAAACACUCAUCUGCUGGAGAUUCACCCUUCCCUCGGCCAAAUAGGGCUCCUGCCCAGGGCCCUGGAGCACCUGCUGAGAGAGGCCCGCCUCGCCCUCAGGCCCACAACUCCCAGCGGCCUGGCCCAGCUGGAAUGUGGUGUCCUGCAGCAGGCCCUGAACCUGUGGCUGACGCCAAGCAAGCGGGAGGCCUGGUACAGCGCGCAGCUCCAGAGAGAUCUCUUUUCAGCUAAAGUGAUGGGAGACCCCUUUCUUGUGGAGGAGAUAGGCCUUCUUGCACUCAAGUCUGUCACAGAUGAAGGGCAGAAACAAGGCCGUGAUUCUCAUGUGCUGCUCCUGGAGACGUUUUCCAAGCUUUUGGAGCUGCUGACCCUCCGUCACCGGCUGAUAGAAAUGAGUCUGGAGAGUGCACACUUAGCUCGGCUCUAUAAGGAAUGGGCAUGGGAGAUGGGUUUUGAAGAGUUCCACUUGCAUCUGAGACCUGUUCACUUUGAAUUUGCAUCACACAAAGACAAGGUGGACCAAUCAGCUCCUGUCUUUAUAACUUCUCUGCUGGAGGACAGUGGUCGAGUAGACAGAUACUCUCCUAGUACUCUUGUCUUAGCCAUCUCUGAGGUGGAUGAUAACCAGAUUGGCAAAUUUAGUUUUUAUGCAAAAGAAGCCAUCCUUAAGCUUUUGUUUCAUUCAGGGGUGGAAAAUAUGCAAGUGACCCUUGCAUGCCAAGCUGCUCAGAAAAAUGCUUUGAUGGUGGCGGUUCAACAGGCCUUCUUCUAUCAGACCCUGCAAGCAGGAUGUCCUUCUGGUGUCAAGGAAAUAAGUUCAAAUCUGAGAAGUCACUGUGGAAUGAGUCCAGCCAGAAGAAGUUCCAGAAUUCUGAAAGGCAUAGGCCUCCCAGAUACCCUCGCUAAUUCUCCAGAAAGAUUUCAAACUACCAAAAGGACUCCGGAAGCUUUUGUGUCUAUUCAGCUGGAGAAGGUAGGGCUGCGAGACAUGAUGCUGAACGCCUUCCUCCUCCAGAAACAGACCAUGGGUGACAGAAUGAAGAACGCCGAUGCGAUUGGAAAGGUCAAGAGGGACGUUAUAACUGAAUACUGUCAAAGAUUUAACGACCACAUGUCUCAUUAUGCUCUUCGGGGUCAGAUCAUGGCAUACUGCAAUAGCCUGAGAGCUCUGCUAGAAGAUUUUCCUGUUAUCAGGGACACUUUCUUCAUGGUGGGACAACCACAAGAAAAGAAGGAGUCCAGGGAUUCCAAAGAGGGCCUCAAGGCUGACCCCCGGAGUUUUCAGCCCCGACCUCGCAGUUUGCUGUCAGCUGACGGACAACUCUUCCUCAAUUUGUGGUUCAUCCCCCAUCCUUCUGAAGUGCUGCUUAUGUUCAAAACUCUUCCAGAAAAGGCAGCUUUUAGAGCCUUAAAAUUAACUCUGCAGCUCAUAGCCCCUCUCCAUGACAUCGUGGCCUACCUUUUCGGUUUCACCAAACUUGGCAAUUGUCCAUCAUGCUUUGAGUUUCCUCUACGUUCCAACCCUUUGAGGGGCAACUGGGAAGACAUCGGCGCUGAGCUUCAAGAGCUACAGAAAAUGCUUGACAGCCUCCAGGACCCACGUGACCCAGCCCAGGUGGCCCAGGCCCUCCUCCUCCGCCGGGAGGUUCUGUUUCUGCAGUUUGACGGUGCAGUGAGGCACCUCGUGCGAAAAAGGUUUUUGGCAGCUGGAAACGUUCCUGCCUACCAGUCUGUCACAGAUGGCACGCACCGUGGGUUACCACCACUAAGCAACUCUCUCAUGAAGAGCAUUUUCGCUUCACAGCUCAGCCUGCCGCAACCACUGAAUCCACGGAGCCUCCAGGCAUCUGCACUGUUCCCCUGGAGAGCAUUUCUGGCAGAUGGGGGUCCAUUUCCAGUUAUAAGUAGCAGCCCUGACACCAUUGAGUACAGCAUGCAGCUGUGCUUCUGUGGGCUGAGUGACAAUGACCACAAGGUGGCUCAUGGAGAGCUGCUAGGCUUGCCACUGCUAAUGGAAGACGUACUUUCGAGCAGCCAUCAUACGAUCGUGCAGGGUUCUCCCGAACAACAAGCCACAGUGGACAAAAAUACACAGCCAGAUGGCUUCAAAGGACCGGGACCUGGCAGUCAGUUCCAAAGCAGCCCAGGGGCGCCCGAACCUCGGUGCGACACAGUGGCAUCCCUUGCUCUGCUGAGACACUUUCUGAAUCUGUGGAAGCAGCUGGAAAUGCUAAAGGAGCACUGGGGCCGACUCAAGCUGCCGGGCCAGGACAUGGACGCGGGCUGCCGCCACAGACAGUUCUCCCAGCUGUACACAACUGACAUUCUCUACCCCAGCAUGAAAGCUCUAGCAAGGCAGAUGGGCAAAGAAGAUGAAUUUGAAGGACUUAUCAUAGUCAGUCAGACUGUUCUUCCUCCAAAAGGAGCUUCAGAAAUUGAAAUAAAAACUCAGCAGCUCCAGAAACUUCUGGAAAAUAUUGAAAUUCAUAUGAUCCAGGAGGCAUUAAGAAAAGUCCAUAGAGAGAAGACACUGGUUUUAGCAGAAAAGUCCAAGGAGGAAAAUACUCUCCCAACAGAUCUUUGGAAACACCAAGUCAUGAAAGAAAACUUUGCAGUUACUAGGCCACAAAUAGUUGAAAAAUUUAUACAGAGAUUAAUGCAGCAUCAGCAGGAUUGUGGAUCAGAGAUUACUUUCAGGAAAGACCACCUCGAGGCCUGCCUGCUCUCCCUGGGCUGUGACGUGAUGGCGCGAGAGCACAGCAACUUUGAGACUUACUCCACGUGUUACGAGCAUGUGCUGCAGCACACGAGGCAGAGGCUGCGCCAGAGGGAGCAGGAAUUGGAUGUGUUGCAAAAAAGUCCAGUUCCACCCGAAGACCCCGCUGCUCAGGUUGCUGAGCUCAGCCAUGAUAUGAUCAUGGAACUCACUGGUCUGAGAGCCCAACUCACCGAUUUAGAAGAGGAGAAUCUGAACCUCAAAAUGCAGAUUAGAAAAGAAGUCCAAGAAGAAUAUGAAGCAUUAGUCCAAGCUUUGUUUAUGACCUGUUUGCACAUAAAAGACAAGCUGGAUGAAAAUCAAUUUAAUUUGAUCCAGAAUGUGUGUGAGCUCAUCAGGGAAGUCAGAACAGAAGGGAUUGCCAAUAUGCAAGUGCUGAAGAAAAAAUGGGGCUCUGCCGGACCUGACAAAGGGCUAAAAGAAAACUCAACCAAAGGACAAGUGUUGGAGGGAGGCUUCUCUGAAAGUGAGCCUUGCUGGCAGGAGCAGCUUCAGGCCCUGGAGCAGGACAUCAGCCACCUGACCACCCUGCUGUGCAAAGUGAGGAACCUGGGCCACUGGAGGCUGGCUGUGCAGCAGGCUCGCUUCCGUGGCCAGCUGAGCAGGGCAGAGAAGGAAUCUAUUCAAAGUAAAAAAGAAUGUUUGCGCAUCAAGCUAAUGGCAGAACAAGAAGCAGGUUUAUUUCGUCAGCAGCUGCUGGCUCUCAGGCAGGCCCUGGCCAGGGCUCAGGCUGACAACGCAAGGCUGUGGAAGCAGCAGGACAAGCAGGCUCAGCUGCUGCAGGAGUCAGAACGCAGAGCAACCCAGGAGGCCCUCACGCGGCAGCAGCUGGAUGUCAUGAAAACCUCCAGCAUGGAGAGGCUCUUGGGAGAUGUGCGGCAAAAAGAACAGCAGCUCCAGCUCCUGACUGAAGAGGCACAGCGGGCCUCCAAGCUGGGCCACCUGCAGCGGAGGAAGCUGGAGAGGGAAGUCCGCCAGAUGAGAAGCCAGCUUGCCCAGGAGCACAGCAUGAAGCUGGGCGCUUUCCAGCGUGUGGAAGAGCUGCAAAGUCGCCUGAGUCUCCCCGAGCAGCCAUCUGUCCUGAUGAGCUCCCGAGGUGCCCUCACACAGCUCCCCAACCCUUCAUCUCCAGCGUCAGGGGAACUAAAAACCAUCCAGUGGGCACUCUCUCCAUUUCUUAUCUCAGCCCACGGCGUGGAAAGUCACCUGCUUCUCCCUCCUUCCUGUGAAAAUGGCAAAGGCCUUGUAUCCCUAAAUUGCCCUCCCACAUCAUCCAGAUACUCCCACCAACACUUUUUAAAGACUGAUCUGAGGAGCAGUAAAAUAACAGGAAGGAGUCAAAGACCAAAGACUGUGCCUAUUAAACACAAAAAAAGGAUUGAUGAAGUUUUCCUAACCCAUGUGGCAAAAAAUGUUCAACUUCCAGCUUUUGAAGUCCAAACAGCUUCACCCAGAGUGCCAUUCAGACUCAACAGAUAGUUCUUUUCUUUUGCACGUUUUAUUUCUGUGAGCACUCAAGUGAAUAAAAACAACUCUAAACUCCAUUAACUGUCUUAUCUAAUUUGUAAU